AUGAAAAUAUCGGUUGUGUCCAAGAAGCUGUGGUGCGUCCACAAACAGCUGAUCCUGCUGCUCACUCCACUCGUGUUCCUGCCUUUACUUUUUACUCUACCGGAGAAGGAGGGAAAAUGUCUUUACGUGGUGGUGCUGAUGGCUAUGUUUUGGUGUACAGAGGCCCUUCCUCUGGCUGUCACAGCGAUACUUCCAGUCUGCCUCUUCCCGACGAUGGGAAUCCUUCCAGCCAAAAAAGUCUGCCCUCAGUACUUCAUCGAGACCAAUUUUCUCUUCCUCAGCGGCCUCGUGAUGGCAUCGUCUAUUGAGGAGUGGGGCCUGCAUCGUAGAAUAGCACUGAAGGUGCUUACUAUUGUUGGAGUAAAACCAGCCUGGCUGAUACUGGGCAUGAUGCUCACCUCGUCCUUCCUGUCCAUGUGGCUCAGCAACACGGCCACAACAGCCAUGAUGCUCCCCAUUGCGAAUGCCAUCCUGGAGAGCUUGUUUGGCGACCUGGAGACCCUGAAACUAAAGUGCAAAUCCCCCGAGGAUCACGAGAGCGCUGUGAUAAAUGGCCAAUCUUCUGUGAAGCUGCAUUCACUGCCCUCAGUGCCUUCGGAAAAACAAAUACUGUCAAUAGAGGGGACGGAUGCAGCAGAGCAGCCUGACCUGAGGACAGCCGAGGAGAUCCGGUCAGAGUCGAUGUAUCAGCUCAACGUGUGGAAAGGGUUCCUGAUCUGUAUUCCCUACGCAGCCAGUAUCGGAGGAACCGCCACGCUGACAGGCACCGCACCAAACCUCAUCCUGAUUGGACAGCUGAAAAGCUACUUCCCAGACUGCGAUCUGAUCAACUUUGGCUCCUGGUUUGCGUUUGCUUUCCCGCUCAUGCUUAUCUUCCUGGCUUUGGGAUGGCUAUGGAUCUCAUUUCUCUAUGGUGGAUUGAAUACAAGACUGUGCUUUGCGAGACAUGACCGGAGAGCCCAGGCAGAGGCCCGAGCCAAGGCUGUAAUAGAGGAAGAUUACAGAAGACUAGGGCCCUUAAAUUUUGCAGAGGGAGCCAUCUCUUUCUUUUUUGUGUUGUUUGCCGUUCUACUCUUUACAAGAGAUCCUAAAUUCGUCACUGGCUGGUCCGUGCUUUUUAAACAGGGGUACGUCUCAGACGCAGUCACUGGAGUGAUCAUUGUGUCUAUAUUGUUCUUCUUCCCUUCACAAAAACCUUCUUUCAGAUGGUGGUUCGACCCUCAAGCUUCAAACACUCCUUAUGUCCCUCUGCUGUCGUGGAAAAAAGCCCAGGACUCGGUUCCCUGGAACAUCAUCCUGCUGCUCGGAGGAGGCUUUGCUAUGGCCAAAGCUUGUGAGGAGUCUGGGCUCGCCUCCUGGAUCGGAGGCCACCUCCAGCCUUUGGCCGAGGUUCCUCCUGCUGCAGCUGUGAUGCUGAUCACUGCUUUCCUGGCCUGUUUCACUGAGUUCGCCAGCAACACUGCCACAAUUAUUAUAUUUUUACCUGUCAUUGCUGAGAUGGCUAUGCAUGUCUCGGUGAACCCUCUGUACUUCAUGAUACCUGCCACCAUAGGAUGUUCAUAUGCCUUCAUGCUGCCAGUGUCCACACCACCCAACUCCAUCGCCUUCGCAUCAGGUCAUCUCAUGGUCAAGGACAUGGUGAGAACUGGCAUUGUCAUGAACAUCCUGGGUGUCCUCUCUGUCGCUCUGGCCAUGAACACUUGGGGCAUCGCCAUGUUUGACUUGAACUCUUACCCAGAGUGGGCUCAUCCUAUUAACAAGACCGCUCUUUUUACUGAUAAGCACAUCUCAUCUGUUCAGCCAUUUAAUGCUACACUCUGAUCACAAAUGCAGUUUCACACAAGUAUCAGAAGAUUGUAUAAAGAUUUAACACUAAACAGGGACAAAGGUCUGCCUGUAGACGUCCACCGUGUCACUAGAAUGGCAAAAUGCUCUGGGAGCUGUUACUUGUAAUGCUUGUAAGGAGUUCAUUAUACGUACAUGUGUCUGUUUUGGGCUCUUGAAAGUCAAGGUUUCAUACUGUGAAAAGUUUUGCCAAGUUAAAGAUGAUGCUGCAAGUUAAAAUCUGCUGCACUAUUUUACCCUCUUAAACUCAACAACAACAGCUUAGAGCACUGAAGAGUGUUUUAUAUUUGUAAAACUCCAGCCGCACUGCAGAAUGUGCUGUUUGUAUUGUCACUACUAGGCUGACCUCUGCUGGAAACGUGAGAGACACCUCUACGAAUAACUCUUUUAAAAUAUAUAUUUUGGCUUAAAUCACUAAGAGAUCAUGUUACUUGUUUGUGUAUUAUAUGGCACAUGUGUCAAUGCUAAAGCCAUAACAGAAAACAAUAUUUUAAAUCUUGUCUGAGCUGUCAAUCCUGACUAAUGAAUGUGUAAAUUUUGUUACAUAAAGAUCUACAUUCAUAUAACUACUGUUACAAAUAAAUUUGUAUUAUGAUGAUUUAGUUGCAUGUUGUUUAUGUAUUUGUACGUAAUGAGUGCACAGGGCAGGUUUAAUCUGGUAUUUCUGGUAACUAAAUAUGUUUAACUUUUUAAUAGAUGCUGAAAAUAAAACGUAGCCCUCAGCUGUCAGUUUUUGAUAAGCUGUUACAGUAUAUAGUUAUACUCCCAGUCUCCACUCAUGUUAACACGUUUUGGCCGUUGCACACAAACACGCAGCAUAUGAAUUCCUUACAAUGUUUGCUCGGUGUUGUAAACUGCCUGGAGUCACAUGGCCCCACAACAAUGGCUAACUUGUGCGAGGCAGCCGUGGUUACUCAGUGUAAGCAGGGUCAGUGCAAAAGGUCUCCAGUGUUCGAAUGCAAAACUAUAAAACACUGCCCGCAGACCGGGACAGGAUGUACAAGAGUGCCCAGCACAAACAACCUUUGACAGCACAGGUUUGAACCAAAGCUGAUUUAUAUCUGUGCCAGAUCAGAAAUAGUUUCAUUUGGUAAUUAUAUGAAAAUGAUGUUUUUUGUUUUCAUGAACUGAAACCAUAAGUCUGCAUUAAAUCUCAUUGUCUCUCUGCUGACAGAAAGGAUCUCUUACAGUAUUUCAAACUCAUCCAAACACCUGACUAGUGAAGACACUGUGUGUUGUUUGAGGCUUUAUUAACCUCAUUCUGCUUCUAGAUAUCCAGCUAAGCAGAGAGCUUAACACAUUUCCAAAUACAAAAGGCUUUAACUGACCAUUUCUUCGUGUCAACAAUAGCUGUGGCUCAGUCUUACAGUACUUUGGAGCUAAAAAAUACUAGAAACUAAGCAUGAUUUCUCAGAAAGUUGCAAUAAUAUAAACUGAUGACCAUAAUCUUAUCCUACAGAGUUGAUAAAUUAUCAGAGAGACUCACAUGUUUCUGUUUGAAGUAAUUACGGCCAAAUAUUAGCCUGGUGAUUAUAAGAUCUGACUUUCAGAAUUUCUCCAAUUAUUGAUAUUGCUAUUUUU